CCCCUUCCUUCACUUAAGUCUUAUAGGCUAUUUAACCCCACUUGGCUCUGUAACUUACCUUUCCUGCUUUGUUUCCUCUUCCCCAACCUGUCCUUUUUAAAAAAUCUGUGUCACCUUCCUUUCCCUUUCCUCUUCACUUGUCUUUUCUUUUCUCUGUCUUUCUGUCUGAUCUUUCUUCUCCCUCCAUUUGCUAAAAUCCAUCUUUACUUGUCUUGUCUUUUUUUCUCUCCCAGUCUUUCUCACUUCCUGCAUCUAUUAUACCUCCGUCCUCUCUAAAUGCCCCCACCCAGUCAACCCCCAAACACCAUCUUUUCUUUGGCCUCCUCCUUCUCUUUCACCCCCUGUCACUCUUAUCCUCAGAUUCUUCUCUGUUUUUCCCCUCUCUCCUGACUUCUGCUUGCCAGACCUCUACAGCUCUCCAAUCAUUUUAUUCACACUCCUCUUUCUGUCAUUCCUUUAAUUCCUUUUCCUUCUCGCCUUCUCUUAUGACUUCUUUUAUUUCUUGCUCCAGCUCUGUUCCGUCACUGUGCUUUUAUCCUCCGUUUUUCCCUUUUCACGCUUUCUUCCACACUUCAAUUUUCCUGAAAUUUCUGUCCGCCACCCCUUUCCUGCCAGUCUAUCCUCUCUCCUUCAAACCUUUCCCCUUCUUUUUCAUUACUUUCCAUCUUUCUUUACUUGCUUCCCCCUUUCCUCUCAUCCCCUCAUCCCUCUCUUCACCUGCUUACCUCCUUUCUUCCGUUUCCAGUGGCUCGUUCUUUCGUCCUCUCUCCUUCCUCCCCUCCUCCUCCACAAUCACCCACUUUUCCCGUCUCUCUUUUACUUCCCCAACUAACCCGUCUGUCGUACUCUUACUCUGCCUCUCUCUCCCAUGCUCUCUCUCGCUCUCCCCCUCUCUCUCCCCCCUUUCUCAGUCGUCGCUCGCUCGCUGUGCUGUGCGGACCUACCGACCAUCUCUCUCCUCUCUUUCCCUAAAUCUCUUCAUCUCUCUGUCUCUCUCCUCCGGUCCUCCGGUCUCUGCUAUGACAGCUCACACCAGCGGCGUGUUGCCCGAUCUCAGACCAUCAACCCGUCACCGGUUGUCCUGUCCAAACGUUAACAUGGACAUGUGUGUGGGGGAUAUUCGUGAUUGAUCUUCGGGUAUUUUUUUUAAUAUAUAAAAACGAAAGAAUAAGGAGGAGGGGGGGCGGCCGUCCUCUUUUACCCCCCUCCGCUUCCUUCAGCCAAGCAGAGCGGCAAGGUGGGGAGAGGGCUUUAAAAUUAAGCCAGCUUGGAUUUAUUUAAUAGCAAAAUGACGGAUUUAGGAACGCCAGAGAUGCUGCUGAUGUGGAGGAGGCUGAACGUGAAGAAAACGGGAAGGCUGAGACGCGACCUCCCGCUUCUCCUCCUGCUGGGGCUUCUCUUGGGGGAUUUCUCCUCGUCCAAGGCUGAGUCUUGUGGUGGUGUAGUCCAAGGCCUGAAUGGCACCAUAGAGUCACCUGGUUUCCCCCAUGGCUAUCCCAACUACGCCAACUGUACAUGGCUGAUAAUAACAGGGGAGAGGAACCGAAUCCAGCUAACCUUCGUCACUCUGGCGCUGGAGGAAGACUUUGAUAUUGUAUCGGUUUAUGAUGGACAGCCCUCACCUGGCAACUUAAAAAUGAGGUUGUCAGGAUUCAUGCUGCCCUCCCCUGUAGUCAGCAGUGGAUCCAUAUUGGCCUUGUGGUUUACCACAGAUUUUGCUGUGAGUGCACAGGGUUUCAAAGCUGUGUAUGAAGUGCUGCCGAGUCAUACAUGUGGCACCCCUGGUCUCAUUCCAAAUGGAGUCAUUCAUGGCUCGCGGUACAACAUGGGGGAUAAAAUCCGAUACAGCUGUGAGUCAGGGUUUGUAUUGGAAGGACACAGUAUCCUCACAUGCAUCGUAUCGCCUGGAAGUGGAGCACAAUGGGACUUCCCAUCGCCUUUUUGCAGAGCCGAGGGAGCGUGUGGCGGUACGUUACGAGGCACUGCAGGUUCAAUAACCAGCCCUGGAUACCCAGCAGAGUACGACAACAACCUGGACUGUACGUGGUCAAUCCUUGCUGAGCCCGGGGACACCAUAGCUCUCGUCUUCAAUGACUUCUUAUUAGAGGACAAAUAUGACUUCCUGGAAAUCAGUGGGACAGAAGCACCAAGCAUAUGGCUGACUGGUACAACUCUGCCUUCGCCAGUGAUUUCAAAUAAGAACUGGGUUCGGAUACAUUUCACCUCAGACAGCAAUCACAGAAGAAAAGGAUUCAGCGCUCAGUAUCAAGUGAAGAAAGCAAUCGAGCUGAAGUCUAGAGGGGUGAAAAUGAUGCCCAGCAAAGACUCCAGUCACAAAAACGCUGUCUUGAGUCAAAGUGGUCUCGCUGGUGAUGUUUGUCCGGAUCCUGGAGUUCCCGAAAAUGGCAAGAGGAUGGGCUCUACUUUCCAAGUUGGCUCCAGCGUCCAGUUCAGUUGUGAUGACAGCUACGUACUACAGGGAUCCAAAAGUAUCACCUGUCAACGAGUCACUGACACACUGGCAGCCUGGAGUGACCACAGACCCAUCUGCAGAACUCGUACCUGUGGCAGUAACCUAAGAGGACCCAGAGGGGUCAUAACUUCUCCCAACUACCCUGUUCAAUAUGAGAACAAUGCCCACUGUGUGUGGGUCAUCACUGCAAUGGACGCUGACAAGGUAAUAAAGCUGUCAUUUGAAGAGUUUGAUCUCGAGAGAGGAUAUGACACACUGACUGUGGGAGAUGGGGGGAAGAUAGGAGAUACUCGGCGAGUGCUUUAUGUACUCACUGGCUCCAGCGUCCCUGACCUCAUUGUCAGCUUGUCCAAUCAGAUGUGGCUACACCUGCAGUCAGAUGAUACAAUCGGCUCAGCAGGCUUCAAGGCAGUAUAUGAAGAGAUCGAACGAGGCGGCUGCGGCGAUCCUGGGGUGCCCGCAUUCGGUCGCCGUAGCGGUGACCGCUUUCAACAUGGUGACGUGUUGACCUUCUUUUGUCAGGCAGCCUUUGAACUUGUGGGAGAAAGAACCAUCACAUGCCAGCACAAUAAUCAGUGGUCUGGCAAUAAACCCAGUUGUGUCUUCUCAUGUUUUUUCAACUUCACGGCCCCAUCAGGGACUGUAUUGUCCCCAAACUACCCAGAGGAAUAUGGAAACAACCUGAAUUGUGUGUGGUUGAUUAUUUCUGAACCGGGAAGCCGCAUUCAUCUCCUCUUCUCUGACUUUGACCUGGAGCCACAGUUCGACUGGUUGGUGGUCAAAGAUGAAGGUCUGUCUGAGCCAACAACAUUUGGGACAUUCUCAGGAAAAGAUGUUCCAUCACAGAUCGCCUCGAACGGUCACAUCAUGAGACUGGAAUUUCAGUCUGAUCAUUCAAAUACUGGGAAAGGCUUCAAUAUCAGUUAUACCACAUUUGGUCAGAAUGAAUGUCAUGACCCAGGAGUCCCAGUAAAUGGUCAGAGGUACGGGGACCAGUUUCAGCUUGGCAGCUCAGUGGCGUUUCGCUGUGAUCAAGGAUUCAUUCGGACUCAGGGGUCCGAUCAGGUCACCUGCAUUAUUCAGGAAGGAAAUGUUGUCUGGUCUGCAGCUGUACCUCGCUGUGAAGCUCCCUGUGGAGGGCAUCUCACAGCUCCUACAGGUGUUUUGCUAUCUCCUGGUUGGCCCUCCUUUUACAAAGACUCUCUGAACUGCCAGUGGGUGAUUGAAGCACAAGCAGACCAUGCUGUAAAGAUACACUUUGACAAGUUCCAGACAGAAGUCAACUAUGACACGCUGGAGAUCAGGGAUGGCCCCUCAGCAUCCUCUCCCCUGAUCGGCGAAUACCAUGGUACCCAAGCGCCUCAUUUCCUGAUUUCCACAUCAAACUUCCUGUUCCUGUUGUUCACUACAGACAACAGCCGCUCUGCUGCAGGCUUCAGCAUCAGAUAUGAAAGUGUGAAAAUGGAGUCAGACUCGUGUCUCGAUCCUGGUAUCCCAGUGAAUGGUCGUCGCCAUGGCAGCAGCUUUUCCAUUGGCUCUCGUGUGUCAUUUACAUGUGACCCGGGAUACACACUUAGCGAUCAGGAGCCAAUUGUUUGCGAGCAGAAUCAUCAGUGGAGUCACGCUCUUCCCAGUUGUGAUGCUCUUUGUGGAGGCUAUGUUUAUGGUAAAACGGGAACAAUUCUGUCUCCUGGCUUUCCUGACUUCUACCCCAAUUCUCUUAACUGCACCUGGACUAUAGAAGUGUCCCAUGGAAAAGGAGUCCAUUUGGUUUUCCACACUUUCCAUCUGGAAGAGAACCACGACUACUUGUCAAUCACAGAGGAUGGCAAUUUUCAGGUUCCGGUAGCUCGACUCACUGGCUCAGUGCUGCCCCCUAGUGUUAAAGCUGGACUCUAUGGGAACUUCAGCGCUCAGCUACGGUUUAUUUCAGAUUUUUCCAUGAGUUACGAAGGAUUUAAUAUCACUUUCUCAGAGUAUGACUUGGAGCCAUGUGAGGAUCCUGGUGUACCAGCAUCCAGCAGGAGAAUGGGACUCAGCUUUCAAGUUGGUGAUUCAUUGAACUUUUCUUGCUUCCCUGGCUACCGACUUGAGGGAGAGAGCAAGAUCACUUGUCUGGGAGGAGGCAGGCGAGUCUGGAGCAACACGCUACCACGAUGUAUAGCUGAGUGUGGGGCCUCCUCACUGGGACCAGAAGGUGUUCUCCUUUCUCCAAAUUUCCCCUCCAACUACAAUAACAACCAUGAGUGCAUCUACCGCAUUACUACUGAAAAGGGCAAAGGAAUCAGGCUGAAAGCUGAGAGCUUCUCAUUGCAAGAUGGAGAUAAUCUCAAGGUAUAUGAUGGAGAGAACAGUUCGUCACGCCUCCUUGGAAAUUUUACUCGUGAAGACAUGAUGGGUCGCGUCAUCAAUAGUACAUCUAAUCACCUGUGGCUGGAGUUUAAUAGCAAUGCUUCUGGAACCAAUCAGGGCUUCCACCUUACAUAUACAAGUUUUGACCUAGUACGCUGUGAGGAACCAGGUGUCCCUAGUUAUGGCUAUAAGAUCCAGGAUGACGGUCAUUAUGCCAACACUUUUGUCCUGUACUCCUGCAACCCUGGAUACAGUCUUCAUGGGAGCAGUGCACUCACCUGCCUCAGUGGUGACAGACGCGUCUGGGACAAGCCGCUUCCUUCCUGUGUCGCGGAGUGUGGAGGUCACAUAACUGGUGCGGUGUCUGGACGGAUUCUGUCUCCAGGAUAUCCUGCUCCAUAUGACAACAACCUCCACUGUACCUGGACUAUAGAGGCUGAUACAGGAAAAACUAUCAGCCUGCACUUUAUUGUCUUUGACACUGAGGUUGGCCACGAUAUUCUGAGAGUUUGGGACGGCCCAUCGGGACCAUCAGAUGGUGGGAUCCUGUUGAAAGAAUGGUCAGGCCCAGCAUUACCUGAAGACAUCCACUCAACUUUCAACAUACUUACACUACAGUUUGAUUCUGAUUAUUUCAUCAGCAAGCAAGGAUUCUCAAUACAGUUCUCCACCACAACAGCCACGACCUGCAACGACCCCGGCAUCCCUGUCAAUGGUUCUCGAUACGGGGACAGUAAGGAACCUGGUGACAGUAUGACAUUCCAGUGUGACCCGGGGUAUCAGCUUCAGGGCAAAGAUACCAUCACAUGUGUGCGAAUGGAUAACAGAUUCUACUGGCACCCUGACCCUCCAACAUGUGUAGCAACCUGUGGAGGUAACGUCAGUGGUCCUUCUGGGGUAAUUCUGUCUCCCAACUACCCCCAGCCCUACCCGCCUGGGAAAGAGUGCGACUGGAGAAUCCGAGUCAACCCAGACUUUGUCAUUGCCCUCAUCUUCAAAAGUUUUAACAUGGAGCCAAGUUACGACUUCCUGCACAUCUAUGAGGGUGAAGACUCUAAUGGGCCUCUACUAGCAAGUCUCCAAGGCAACCAGGCCCCAGAGCGGAUAGAGAGCAGUGGUAACAGUCUCUUCCUUGCAUUCAGAUCGGAUGCCUCGCUGGGCAUGUCUGGAUUCGCCAUCGAAUAUAGAGAAAAACCAAGGGAAGCCUGUUUUGAUCCCGGUAAUGUUAUGAAUGCCAGUCGGACAGGGUACGACUAUAAAUUGGGAUCUCAGGUCUCCUACAGCUGUCACCAUGGCUACACAAUAGCAGGUGAAGAUACCAUCACCUGUGUCAUGGGUCCAGAUGGAAAGCCAGUGUGGAACAAGGCACUGCCAUCAUGUAAAGCGCCAUGCGGAGGACAGUAUGGUGGAUCUGAAGGGGUUGUUUUGUCUCCAAACUAUCCUUUAAACUACACGACAAAACAGACUUGCUCCUAUUACAUCACAGUGUCGCCUCAGUUCGUGGUGUUUGGUCAGUUUGCGGUCUUCCAAACAGCAAUGAAUGACUCAGUGGAACUGUUUGAUGGACCCAAUGACAACGCCCGAUUGCUCAGCUCCCUGGCUGGUUCACAUUCAGGAGAGACACUGCCAUUGGCAACUUCCAAUCAGAUCAUGCUCCGGUUCAAUGCUAAAAGUGGCCAGUCAGCUAGAGGCUUUCACUUUGUCUACCAAGCUGUGCCUCGGACCAGUGACAGCCAGUGCAGUUCAGUACCUGAGCCUCGGUAUGGCAGGCGGAUUGGUUCAGAGUUCUCAGUGGGCUCUGUGGUUCGGUUUGAGUGCAAUCCAGGAUAUCUAUUAAAGGGAUCCAAUGCGAUUCGGUGCCAGGCGGUACCAGGUGCCCUCGCACAGUGGAACACAACAACACCAACUUGUAUAGUUCCCUGCAGUGGUAAUUUGACUGAACGUCGCGGGACAAUACUGUCUCCUGGCUAUCCUGAACCCUACCCAAAUACUCUCAAUUGUCUGUGGAGGAUUCAUGUCAGUGAAGGGGCUGGGAUUCAGAUCCAAGUAAUGACAUUUGCUACUGAGCACAACUGGGACUCUCUGGAGAUCUACGAUGGAGGAGACAUGACAGCUCCCAAAUUAGGGUCAUUUUCUGGAACAACAGCUCCUGCCCUCCUCAACUCAACAUCCAAUCAGCUCCUUCUUCACUUUCAAAGUGACAUCAGUGUGGUGGCAGCAGGCUUUCACCUAGAAUACAAAACGGUUGGCCUUACCACUUGUCCAGAACCAAUGAUCCCAGCCAAUGGAAUUAAAACUGGAGACAGAUAUAUGGUCAAUGAGGUGGUGGCAUUCAGUUGUGAACCUGGUUACACUCUGCAGGGUCACUCUCACAUUUCCUGCAUGCCCGGGACAGUGCGUCGAUGGAACUACCCACCCCCUCUUUGCAUAGCUCGUUGUGGUGGGGUGCUGACUGAAAUGAGUGGUGUCAUCCUUAGUCCAGGUUUCCCUGGCAACUACCCCGGCAACCUGGACUGCACCUGGCAAAUCACCCUGCCAACUGGAUAUGGAGCUCAUAUUCAGUUCCAAAACUUCUCUUCAGAAGACAACCAUGACUUCCUAGAAGUCAGGGCUGGUCCACAGCACAGCUCAUCCCUUAUUGGUCAGUUUACUGGCUCACAGCUCCCACCCCCUUUACUGAGCACUACCCACCUGACGAUCAUCCACUUCUACAGUGACCACUCAGAGAACCGGCCAGGAUUCAAACUGACCUAUCAGGCCUACCAACUUCAAAACUGCCAGGAUCCAUUUCCUUUCGCAAACGGUGACAUCAUCAACAGUGAUUACAGUGCCGGGCAAUCUAUAACUUUUCAGUGCUACCCUGGUUAUAUUUUGAUUGGACACACAGUGCUAACAUGCCUGCAUGGUAUCAACCGGAAGUGGAACCACCCAUUUCCACGAUGUGAGGCUCCUUGUGGCUAUAAUGUCACAGCUGAAAAUGGGACCAUCUACUCACCUCAGUACCCAAAUGAAUAUCCAAACUCCCAAGACUGUAGCUGGCUCAUCACUGUUCCCCACGGACAUGGAGUUUAUAUAAAUUUUACCUUAUUGCAGACAGAACCCGUCACCGAUUACAUUGCUGUCUGGGACGGCCCAGAUACGUCCAGUCCUCAGCUGGGAGUUUUCAGUGGUAACACCGCACUAGAGACCGCCUACAGCACCAGCCCGAAGGUCCUGAUUCGCUUUCAUUCAGACUUUUCAACUGGAGGAUUCUUCAUUCUGAACUUCCAUGCGUACCGUCUGAAGAAAUGCCCUCCUCCCCCUGUUGUGGAGAAUGCAGAGAUGAUCUAUGAAGAUGAGGACUUCCAAAUAGGUGAUAUUGUGAAGUAUCGCUGUUUACCUGGAUACACGCUGCUUGGAAAGGCAGAGCUUAUGUGUAAACUCAACUCUCAUUUGCUCUUUGAAACCCCGCCCCCAACAUGUCAAGCCCAGUGCCCAGCCAAUGAGGAACGGUUUUCAUCCUCGGGUGUGAUACUGAGCCCUGGGUUUCCUAGCAAUUAUCCAAACAGCCAGACAUGCUCCUGGUUGCUGCGUAUGAUUCCAGGUUACACCAUCAAUAUCUAUGUCGAGAUGUUCCACAGCGAGAAGCAGUUUGAUGAACUGGAGAUUUUUGAUGGAUCUUCCGGACAAAGCCCACUGCUUGUUGCGCUAAGUGGGAACCAUUCCUCUCAACUGAACUUCACAUCAAAGACAAACCAACUCUAUCUACGAUGGUCCACUGACCACGCAACCAACAAGAGAGGAUUCAAGAUACGGUACUCAGCUGCUUACUGUAGCAUCAAUGAUCCUCCUCUGAAUGGCGGUGUGGUCAACCGAACCAAACUUCGCCCAGGUAGCAGACUUCAGUACUUUUGUAAUCGUGGUCACAGGCUGGUGGGCUCAAGCAAUGCCACCUGCAAGCUCGACUCCAAUGGGCUUUUCCAGUGGGAUACCCCGCCGCCUUUUUGUCAAGCUGUCUCAUGUGGCAUACCUCCGUCACCGGGAAACGGCAGCUUCCAUGCUUACCAGUAUACUGUUGGGAGCCAGGUCACCUAUCAGUGUAACCAUGGUUACCACCUUGACCCAGGUGUUCCGAUGACUGCCAUGUGUUUAGAGGAUGGCAGCUGGAGCAAUGCUGCCUCAGUCUCCAGAUGUCUACCGGUCCACUGCCCCAGCAUUGGCGACGUCCUCUCAGAUCACAUGGCCUACCGCCUAAUUUCUGGUAGGCUGGGAGAGUUUGGUUCUGUGGUGAUGCUGGAGUGCUCAACUGGGUACUAUUUGGGCGCGGGGCAUCGGACUCUUCGGUGCCUUGCCAACCGAACUUGGGAGGGGUCAGAUGCCCCAGCUACCUGUAAGAUUAUCUCCUGUGGGGAACUUCCUUCCCCACCUUUUGGUACCAAACUGGGGACGUUGACCACAUUCGGAGCAACUGCAAUCUUUAUGUGUAACCAUGGCUACACGCUGGUGGGAUCCCACGUGAGGGAGUGUGGCGCUAAUGGGCUGUGGAGUGGUGUAGAGACCAGGUGUCUAGCUGGCCACUGUGACUCUCCAGAUCCUAUAGUCAACGGCCACAUUAGCGGGGAUGGAUCUAGUUACCGUGACACAGUGGUAUACCAGUGCAUGUUAGGAUAUCGCCUAAUUGGCACAUCAGUCAGAAUCUGCCAACAAGACCACCGGUGGUCUGGAACAACACCUGUCUGUGUCCCAAUCACUUGUGGUCACCCAGGCAACCCAGCCAAUGGGCGGACCAAUGGCACCGAAUUUAAUCUCAAUGAUGUGGUCAACUUCACCUGCAACAGAGGUUACGUCCUAAGUGGAAAUGCUCGGGCUCAGUGCCGACUUAACGGACAGUGGAGCAGCCCCUUACCAGUCUGCAAAGUGGUGAACUGUUCUGACCCCGGUCAUGUGGAGAAUGGCGUGCGCCAGUCUGGCCUUCGUUACCCAGAAGUCUUCAGCUAUGGUGUGACUGUAGCAAUCCACUGCAAACGAGGCUUCUACCUUUUGGGUUCUGCACUCCUUACAUGUCAGCAUAAUGGACUGUGGGACCGGCCAAUCCCUCGUUGCCUAGCUAUUUCCUGUGGUGACCCUGGUGUACCCCCUAAUGUAGUAGUAUCUGGGACCAACAGUUGGACAUAUGGUUCAGUUCUGCAGUACUCUUGUCUACCUGGUGGAGUGCUUGUGGGCAAUGCUACUCGCCACUGUCAGGAAGAUGGUACAUGGAGUGGAGCACCACCCUACUGCACUGGUGUGAGUGCUGGAAUCUGUGGAGACCCAGGGAUCCCUCCUCAUGGUGCCCGUAUAGGAGGAGAGGAAUUUAAAACCAAGAGCCUUUUGCGCUUUAGCUGCGAGGCAGGAUAUAACGUGAUUGGGUCAGCCGAGAGGACCUGCCUUCAUAAUGGCACCUGGAGUGGUACACAGCCUGUCUGUCAAGCUGUAUCCUGUGGUAACCCUGGCACCCCAGCACAUGGCAGAAUUGUCUUCAGUGACGGCAUCACCUUCGGCAGCUCAGUGGCUUACACGUGCUGGGAAGGCUUCAAAACAUCAGGCCUGACCACCAGACACUGCACAACCAAUGGGACGUGGACAGGACAACCCCCAGAUUGCACUGUGAUCAGUUGUGGAGAUCCUGGGACAAUAGCCAAUGGAAUCUAUAUAGGAAGAGAGUUUAACUUCAACCACACAGUGAUCUACCGCUGCAACCCCGGUCACUUGAUGGAACCACCUGGACAUGGACGCAACGUUCUGCGCUGCAUAAAAGAUGGAACUUGGAACCAAACUAAACCCAGCUGUAAAGUGAUCCAGUGUGGAGCUCCCCCUCAAGUACAGAAUGGGAAAGUGGAAGGGACCGACCAUUCAUGGGGAUCGAGUAUUAGCUAUAGUUGUUUCCACGGUUAUCAGCUGUCCACUCCUGCUGUGUUAACCUGUGAGGGGAAUGGGACUUGGACAGGAGACAUCCCGCAAUGUCUGCCUGUCCUAUGUGGUGAUCCUGGCUCUCCUGGAGGAGGAUUCAGAGAGGGAAAUAUCUUUUCAUACCGGUCAGAGGUCAGGUUCUACUGCCAUGCCCCCUACUUGCUGGUAGGCUCUGCAUCCAGAGUCUGUCAAGCAGAUGGAAGUUGGAGUGGCCAACAACCAGCUUGCAUAGACCCAGCCUUCAACAGCUGUCGUGAUCCAGGAACUCCAGCUUAUGGUAUCCCAGUCAUGGCCCAAGGCUUUCAAGUUGGCAGUAAGAUUUCCUUCAAGUGCCGCAAAAACUACCACAUCCUCGGUUCGACGACAAGAACAUGCCUAGAUAACCUGACCUGGAGUGGAACACAGCCUGAGUGUAUAGCCCAUUCAUGCAGACAGCCAGAGACCCCCAGUAAUGUAGAUGUUCGAUCUAUGGACCUGCCUACCUUGGGAUACACUCUGAUCUACACCUGUCAAGAAGGUUUCUAUCUGGCUGGGGGCUCAGAGCACAGAACCUGUAAAAGUGAUGGUAGAUGGUCAGGAAAACCACCGCUCUGCAAAGUUGGAGUCAAAGUCAAUCCCAAAGGCAGAGGGGAUACAGAUGUCCAAAAGAACAAGAUUCGUGUUCCAGUGGAUGUCUUCUCUCCGAACUCUGAGUGGAGCGGCUUCUAUGAGUACCUUGGGAAGAGACAGGCCACUGCCUUUACGGUUACUGGGUUCAAUGAUACCAGUGGUCGAGUCAACGUCACAUUACUGGAAACCAGCGGCGUGUCCAUCAGAUUGUCAGGUACCUACAAGUCAGAGGAAAACCAGCUGCUAUUGAAGGUCUACCAGGUGAAAGGGCCAACAGAGCACUACUACAGCAAGUUUAAAAAUGACAACUGGGCCAUGGAUGGAUAUGUUACUGCUGAAUCGGACCAGAAGACGUUUGUCUACCAGGGCCAUAUUCACAGUAAAGAUUUUGGCAAGUUCUAUCUGACAAGACAAGGCCCUGUAACCAUGCCGAUGGACCCAUCAAACCCUUACACAAACAGCAGCUCUGUGGCAGCAGCCAUCUUAGUUCCUUUCUUUGCCCUCAUCCUCUCCGGAUUUGCCUUCUACCUCUACAAGCACAGGACAUUGUCUGCUGACACAGAUGACAAUGAGAGACCAAAAGAUACCUGGGGGCCUGGCGGCAGGACACGUCCAAAGGUCCAGUUCAAUGGCUAUGUUGGCCACGAGAGCUCCAAUGGUCAGGCAUCAUUUGAAAAUCCAAUGUAUGACACCAACAUGAAACCCACUGAGGCUAAGGCAGUUCGAUUUGAUACCACACUCAAUACCGUCUGCACUGUGGUAUAGUCCAGCUAUCAUGCCACUGCCCAUACAGUGGUUCGGUCCAGCAUCCAUUGCUGUAGUCUGCAGUGUGGUUUAACCAAACAAAAACGAAAGGACUAACUUAGGAUUUGGACUCGUCACCAUGAGCAGUCGCUGUGUAGCAAGCUGGUCCUCGUACAGCAUCAUCUGCACAGUGAUGCAGCUCUACUCCACUUCCUACCUGAACAAGGAUAAUACCCCCCCGUAGUCUGAAAGAGGAAAAAGGGAGAAAAUCAGUUGGAAACUAUAAGCAUGGGAGGAGACAAUGAUGUCAUCAAGUAACACAAAGUCUGUCGUUCAGGAGAUCCAAUGCUGUAAUUCAGACAUUAGGGAAAAACACAGAUUUAGGAUACAAUUAAUUAAAUUCCCUGAAAGAACAUGUUUGUCCAGUUUUGGCUGACAUGUGCGUUUUCACAACCUUCUUAUAGAAAGAGUUUUAUAUGGCCAGUGUCAUAUGGCCCUCAGAAAUCCCCUCUACAAUUAAACUGUUGUUCAUGCUACUCUAUCCCAGCGCCCCUUACGAACUCCCCUGCUGCAGGCCAGGAAUGGGUUUGACUCAUUUGAGGUUCAAACCUCAGGGGAAACUCAUCCACCCUUCUGCCCUCUCCAGACAUUAGAUGGUUCAUAUAUGUAGAUAUACCUCUUUCUGGAUUUCCUUUAUAUGGGACUUGACAGGACUAUACCCUGAGACGUAAUGACACUUUAACAGAGUCUAUUCAAAAAAUAACAGUGAUUGCACAGACUGCUGUAAGACCGACGAAACAUACUGACAUAAUAACACUCUCAUUCAGUCCUGGACACUGGAAUGAAAUUAGUGCUAAUUGUGAUGGACAAGUGCUAAUCAAGCCAGGGUCGAAUAGAAGCUGCAGAGAAGUUUGACGAUGUUUUAGCCUAUUUGGAGAUCUGAACGAGUUGGGUUCAAUAUAGCAGGACAAUCACAGAGUUAGUAAAGUUUAGUUAUCAGUUAAUUAUGGGUUUCUGUAAUUGUCUUUACCUUAUUUCACCUUUUCUAAUAAUGUCUACACACAGUAGAUAGCAACUUAUUAGGCUAAAACAUACCAAAUCAGGCUUGUGCAAACAAAGUUUUCCCCAGGUUCAGUAUCAGAACCUGUGGACUUAUUUUAGAUGUGAAUUGAACGUUUUCAAAUAUUAUUAUAUAAAGGUACAAAAUACAUGCAGUCAACUUAAUACAAUAUUCCACAGUAGCACUAGGCAAGCUGAGAUAAACCAGAAAACCAGACAUUUGAGUUGCCCGGUUGGUGUACGCAGUGGACUGGUUUCCAGAGGCCUGUCUAAUACAAUCAAGGAGUCAGACAACUGAUUCUCGUUCUUAAACUAGCCAGGAUUCUGUGCUUGGUGGCUGAACAAGUGGAAGCCUGGAGGCAAUAAGCUGUCAGGAUCGUCGACUGCUGCAAUCAGCUGUAGCCAAAUCCAGGAAAUGAAUUGUCUUCUCAUAGCUCUGAUCGGGACUUUCAGUCAGGAAAUGACUGAUUUUAUAUACUCUCCAGCCACAAAAUCAGAAAUAGAUGAACUGAUUGACAGAUUCUUUGACUGACAGACGCAAACAAAAGGACAGAUAGACACCUCUGUCAGUCGUGCUGGAAGGAGGACAUGUUGCUGUGGAAGCAGAGGCAAAUAGUCUCUUAUUGUCUCUUCUGGCAUUUUUCUUCAGUGAAGAUAUUGAUGAACAGACUCAUAUGUUCAAAACCCCAGUGGCCCCAUGGGACUUCCCAAACCACUGCUGCCGGGGACCCCAAAAUAUAAACUUUAUAUAAACCGCACAAAUUUUGCACUAGUGUGUUUUUCUGACUGGGUUAUGAAAAAAAAAUGAAUAAUUUUUGGGUCUGAAAUGGGUUUGGAAAAUGAGUAAUUAAAAAAUAGCAUUUUAUUCAAAAACUUCUAUCUUUAAAAAGAUGACAAAAAUGAUUAAAUACAGGGUUACAGAGUGUUUGUAUAUACACAUUUAUAUUUCACACUCCCUGUAAGCAGAAGGUGUGACCACAUGCUAUACUGUUGUUUAUUUUGUUGCCAUGACAACACGCUAGCCAACCAGAAAGUUGGGAAUAGUUUACCUGUGGACCUCCAAGCAGGAAAGGAAAUGUCGUCCUGCCAUUUAGAAACUUUGCUGUUUCUGAAAGCUCAUACUGAAUAUUGUUAGUAAUAUCUAACACUUUAAAUACAAUAUUUCAAAAAGAUUUUAAAACGUGCAGUUUGGUCCCAGUGAAACAUUGGUGCCACGUUACUAAUAUGGGAUGCACAUGGCCCGAGACCAGAAGGCUCUGCAGCAAGAGAGCAUCACCGGUAGUCAUUUUACCAAUAAUCAGUGAUAUUGGGGAGGCGUUUGUGCAGAACUCAAAGGAGACCAGAAGGCAAUACCCACCCCAGUCACUGCCUCUUUAUCCUGCUGCCAUCUGGCCAGUGAUACAGAAGUAUUCAGUGCUACAUCACCAGACUUUGAAGCAGUUUCUAUCUUCAGACUCCCCAUUCAGUGAGAAAAACUACUUAUUUAAACUGUCAAAUCUGUCAGUUUUUUAUAAUUUGCAAUGUGAGAAUGUGAGGACUACAUGUACAAUUUUGUACUUUAACUUUGUGUUGCUCAAAUAUUUACAGUGUUAGAUAUAUAGUAUAUCAAAUUCAGAGGAUUCUACUGCUACAGCUGUAGAUUGUAUGAGCUUUCAGGAAUAACAUGUGACUGUUUCUCUAACGCUCUUUAAAAACGCUCUUUCGACACACAUUGUCAUGCAUCGUUUCGACACAUCAAAUAUCUGAUGCACAUUAUCUUGUUUGAACACACCUUUUUAAAGAGCGCACAACCUAUUUGCGUUGAGAAUUGGUAAUUUAUCACAGAGGACAAAAAGAUACAGCAUGAAGACAACAUGCACAAUUAUUGUUGUCGAUAGUUAUCGUCCCCUGAGCCCCUCCAUUGUUUGAGAAAUACCUCGUGUGCAGAGAGUAAGUUACGUCCUGCUUAUCAAUGCUGGAACCUCACUGCAACAAAUACACAAGCUUAGUGAGUGCGACCCUAGUCGGCUUAAUUUCCUGCUAUUUUAAAUCAAAACGCUGUUCUAGCGUCAAUCGGUUUUCAGGAUUCAAAAAGGAUUCGGUAGUUUCAAGUCGCUUACCAAGCUUGUUAUUUCUCGCAGUGUCCUCUCAAAAUAUUUUUAUUUUUCGAAAGAUGCUGCACUUGGUUUAAAUCACAGAUGUUAACUGCUUUUAUCGCCUGUCGUUGUCUUUAUGUCUGUUUCCUGUUGCACACUCCAUGCGUAACAUUGAGUCAUUGUUUUUAUAUGUCAAGAAUUUGCUUUAACCUUACGCGAUUUUUUUUUUUAUUGUCCAAAAUUUUAUUUUAUUUAUGUUUUCCGUGUCCAUGGUAUGUAUGUUUUCAUCUACACCUAUUCAUUCAUUCACACAGUAUAAAAUUGUGAGUAGAUAAUGAUAAUAAUACCCUAAAAACCAUAUAGUGAGUCUGGCAAAGGUUAAUUUAACUGAAAUGUGUAGAUUUUCACUAUAACCUAAAUACAGGGAUUUAAAAAAGCAUUCAGCAUGAGGAGGUUGUCACAGCCACCUGUUAUGAGAUAAGGAAGAAUAAAUUAACAGCAAAUGUGGAGGAAGGGGGCGUGUUUAGCUUUUCAGCUCCGGUAAUUGAAUGUGACUGUACACCCAGCCCUAAACGCUGGAAAAGAAGCGAGCUGGAACAAUAAUCAUUAUGUAUGGAGGAAUUAUACCUCAUUGUCAGCCUGUCAUUUAUAGCUUCAGUAUCA